AAGUGGCCGGUCACUGCUUGAUGAUUCAUAAGAAUUGUUUGUGAUACGAUUCGUGCCCGUCGCCGAAACAAGCAAGGUCGAGAAAUCGCAAUUCUUCAGGGUUGAGGACACAACUUGAUGAGCCACAAGCGGCCACUCCAAAAGCGGACAGUCCGAUUGAUGCGCCAAAAUUCUCUUGGCUGGUUUUCUAACACCAGGUGCGGUCAAAUGAAUUCUUUAUCGGAGUGACUAGAGGUACAGAACAUGCUGGUCACAGUGAAGAACCUGGAGCAGCAGACCUUUCAGGUCGAUGUUGAUGAGAGCGGCUUAGUCAAGGACCUGAAAGAAAAGAUUGAAAAAGACAAGGGAUCUGGAUAUCCUGCCGCACAGCAACGACUCAUCUACUCUGGCAAGAUCUUAGAAGACCAUCAGGAGCUGAAGACACUUGGCCUGGAUGAGAAGAAGUUCAUCGUGUGCUUGGUGACUAAGCCCCCCAAAGCUGCAGAGGCUCCAACCCCUGAAGCUCCCGCAGCCAGCACCCCAGCUCCAGCACCUCCACCACCAACCACAAGUGCCCCUGCCCAACCUGCUGUACCUUCCCCAGCCCCUUCUUCUUCAGCCCCCGCCGCAGCUGUGAGCGGCCCUGCUGAGUCGACUCUGCUCACCGGGCCAGCUAUUGACGCUAUGGUCCAGAACAUUGUCUCCAUGGGAUACGACGAAGCUCAGGUCAAAGAGGCACUGCGUGCAUCUUUCAACAAUCCAGAUCGAGCCGUCGAGUACUUGAUUAACGGCAUUCCAGGAAACAUUGAAGAGGCAGUGCCAGCUCCAGCUGCGGGUGGUGGUGUUGGUGGUGCUUUGAUGAUGGACGAAGAGGAAGGUGGCCUUGGAGAAGGCGAAGACCCAUUGGCAUUUUUGCGUACGCAGCCGCAGUUCCAGCAGAUGCGUCAGGCCAUCCAGCAAAAUCCUCAGCUGCUGAAUGCUGCCUUGCAGCAGAUUGGCCAGACAAAUCCAGCGCUGCUUGAACUCAUUUCUUCCAAUAGAGACGCCUUCAUCCGCAUGCUCAACGAAGGGUCUGCCGCUGGUGGCCCUGCUGGUGGUGGCGGUUCCGGAAACCCUGCUGGCCAGCCUGCUGUUCCUGGUGAAGGCCUGCUUCCCCACUCCAUCCAGAUCACGCCUCAAGAUAAGGAAGCCAUUGAGAGACUGAAGGACCUUGGAUUCCCUGAGCACCUUGUCGUGCAGGCCUACUUUGCCUGCGAAAAGAACGAGAACCUGGCGGCCAAUUUCCUGCUCUCCCAAAACAUGGACGACUGAGGCGUUCGCUUGAAUGAAUGUGGGUGGCUAAGCAGGCUGAGGAAUUAUGUGCAGGUGGACACAAUAACUGACGAUGAGAUAUUACAAUAUUUAAAGACAUACCUUCAAAUCAAACUCACACCAACCUUGCUUUAGCCUAAUGAACACGCUGCGCUAUGUGUUUGGUUUUCUAUACCAUAGUUUGCAUGUAAGGUUUUUUUGUUUGAAUAAAUGCAAUACGUUUAACAAAUCAUGA